UGGCAGUACGGCGUGUGAAGGUGAACGGUGGCCCAAACAUUAGUGCAAUGAAUUGAAGUAUAAUAAUAAUUUAACUAGAGUUGAGUACUAUUUUCCAUCGUUUAUACUGAGUUUUACGAAGUACCGGUGCGUACUUCCUCACAGACUACAGACUCAGUCAUGGCCGGUCUGUCCAGCUAUGCCACGCGCAUGGCCAGGCUGAGUGCCCAGAUCUUUGGGGAGAUUGUGCGUCCGACGGACACCAGAUCUAUGAAGGUGGUCCAACUGUUCCAGGAGCCUCCCAUGGCCAAGAGGAAGGAGGUGUAUGACUGGUAUCCACAGCACAAGGUUUACUACGCCAUGACUCAGAAGCUCAGGUUCAUGGGACUAUUCAGAGACGAGCACGAAGACUUCAAGGAGGAGAUGCUUCGCCUGAGGAAACUGAGAGGAAAAGGGAAACCAAAGAAAGGAGAGGGGAAGAGAGCAAGCAAGAAAAAAUGAGCUGCAACAUUUCUACUGCAUGGGACUGUGUACAGUAUGACUGUGGGGGGAUGCUAAUCCCAAAAGAAUCCAUUGGUCUGGUCAGGGUUGCCCAGUUACUUUGUCUGAAGCUUUUCUAUGUUGGCAUGAAUAACACCGUUAGUCAACAUUAUAUAUGAAUCAUUCUCAUGUACAGUAUGUUGGUUGUAUUGAAGUGAAUUCUAUCCUUUUCUUGUUUAAGUCUUUUGCAAAGGGUAAAACAGUAUGGAGCCACAAACAGCUAACAUGUAGCUUUCAGUUGGCCCCUACUUAAACAAGAUGUUAAUUAGGACUGUCUGAGAGCACAUCCAACAAUAAGAAGCCAGAAUUUGUGGAUUAAUAAAACAUUUUGGUCUAUAGCAGCUAUAUUGUACCUCAUGUCAAGUGUUAGCUAGUGUUUUCCUAACUGUUGGGAUGGGAUGGUUUGAAAAGGAUGUAAAGGAACUGACAUCUUUCAUGUUUUCAAAAUAAAAGUAAUAUAAGCAAUGUGGAGUGCUACAAAGCUCUUUCUGCCUGCUGUUCAAAAACACUGCAGUAAAACUACAUAUUAUACAUAGUAUAUAAAUGUUGGUACUGACUUGUAUAUUUCAUGUGGUUUUACCUGCUCCAGUUAACAUGUGGGUGUUUCGAACACUAGACCAGAUAUCAUUGCCGUGGGGGUCACUGCAGCCAUGUAAAUGACAAAAAAUAAGUAAUAAUAAUAGCGAUGUAGAAAAAACUGGGCUGUCAAUGGUCCAAUUUCACAUUUACAGAUGUGGCUUCAAGGCUGGAUGACCACCUGCCUGUGGAUCCCACUCUACCGGAGCCCCCUGAAGUCCCAGUGCAUGUCAGUUACUUCUGGUAAUUCAUUCAAUGUAAAUCUCUUAAGUAAGAUGGGUCAUGCAUUAUCACUUUGUCUCAUGAUUAACACAAUAUUGAUAAGGCCAUUCGAAUGAGCAGGAUGAAAUUCUAGUAAUUGAUCAAGCACUCGCUCCAGCCACAAGAUGUUAG